AUGCUACCGCCAUUCUCGACGGCAUACGUAAAAGGUUGGAAACGAGGAGUCAUGCUUCUAAUCACUAUUCAGGGUAUUCGGGAGCUGGACCUCCAGGAUGACGUGCCACACUGGGUGAAGGUGAGCUUUGGAACCAUUCAUGCUUCGUUCGGGGUCUUUGCAGAUGACACCAAGGGCAAAGUUAUGGCAAACCGAGGCAUGACCAAGCUUCUCACCCAUGAAGUCUUGGCCAAGGAGGUCUUUAACAAGGGCUUCUCGUCAGGAGUCAACUCUUUGGAGCAAUGGAAGGAGGAGUUGCGCAACCGCGAGGGGGAUCAGUUAGUCAUGCUGUUCUUGGAACGAAUGUUGGCCGACCAUGAUGGAUGUGCUCCGCAGAUGCGCAAGCCACUGACGUACCGGGAUGCUCUCAGCAAACAUCAAGCAUGCGGAGGGUUCCUCCACUACUUGAAUGUUCUUCAGAAAAUUGCGCCAUCUGGGGAGUUCGCAGCGAUGGAAUCCGAUCUGCGAAAUCAAUUUCGCUUUGGGUAUCUUGAUCCUGAUAUCCUACACUCUUUGGAUGCGACAGUUCCCCCAGGAGAUGCUCAGAUGGUCGGAGCCUUCCGGACACAUAUUGCCAGGGUGGAGCAAAGUGUGAGGAGCGAGAAGCUGAAAGUAGAGCAGGAACAUGCUGCAAGUGUGCGAGCUGCCGAUCUGACGCAGCUGCUUGCCCGGAUCGAUUCAGAUUUGACUGUGCUUGCAUCGCGGGAGAACAACAGUGCUUCCAGAGCUGUGGAAACAGCGAAAGACAUGAAGUACCUGUACGAGAGGCAGUUGAAGGGAGAGAAGUUUGUGGACACAUGGAUGGCAGAAAACUGCAAGCUGCUAGAAGUUGAGCCCGACAUGAAUGCAGUGGUGCCUGGAUUGCUGGCGUUCAAAGAGCAGUUCCGAGGAAUUCCUGGAAAGGAGUAUAUCAUGUGCUGCUACGAUGCAACCGUCUUUCCAUCGAACGCCCACUAUGUGCGUCAGAGUGGCAUUGCCGUGGCGAACAUUCUGGCUUUGAGUCCUGCUGCUUUCUGCCAUACUCAGCUCCCUGUGAACCAGGCGCAGACCUCUCACACAGCCGUUAUAAAACACAGACGGCUCCUUGAGGAUCAGUUUACGAAGGCCAACCUGAACAUCCUGUACCAGGUGCAGCUCUUGUUCACGAAGACUGAUGGGGGAGGUCGAGACAACAGGGCGCUCAGUCAGCCAUGCUUGGCGCUUCUUCACAACAACUUCGACAACCCGGUGUGGCUGAGCUCGGAGGCAGUCUCGAAGGGCAGAGUUGGGCCAGCGCCAUUUCUCAAGUUCAGCGACUUCAUCGGCUUUGAUGAAACAACGCGGCCAUCGGCUCAAGCUCGGGUGGAGCAGAAGGGAACAGAGGCGCACUUAGCCCUGAUGACGGGAUACAUGGAGGGCAUGGAUAUCAAACAAGAGGAUCGUGUCAUCAUUUGCGAUGUGGUGCCAAACAGGCAGAAUGAGUUUGGCAGAGCAGUCGUGCAGAAACGGUUGGCUGAUCCCACUUCACCGUUGCGGUACAUCGGCUUUAUCAGAAAGCAGGAUGGGCCUGGGGCGGGCUCUUCAAUUUCGGACAUUUCGAAAGCGCUGAGGAGCCAAGUGUGGAACUUUUGGGAUGAGAGCACCGAAGCGCCGCCGAAGACUCGACCUCAAGAAGGUGAUGCCCCUGAUUCGAAUGCUGCGCCUGACCUGCAAGUCUUGGCGUGGCAGAGAGGUCACCCAAUAUGGCCAGAAGUCUUGUGGGAUCGUUUUCCUGAUGGAAGCACCGAGCAAGCUUCUUUGAAGGUAAAGCACGGUGAAUUUCUGAGCAAAUUCCCUUCUCGGCCUGAGUCUGCAGCUCGGGCUGCUUCUGUGUCAGUGCCCCUGCGGGUUGGUGGUUUGUGUGACUUCAGCGUCGACGGUGGACUAUCGCCUUUGGAUUUCACCAAGCAGGUGUCCCUGCCAGUUGUCAAGGAAGCGGACUUCAGUGUGACAAGGCUUGGUUCUUGUGCCAUGAGGAAUGGCAGACCGGCCCUGGCUCUCACGACCACCUACGAUUUGUGGAUUGGCAACACCAGCGACGCCCAGCUCAACUUGGAAGCUGGGGAGCUGUUUGGAUUCAGCACGGGUAACUAUGAAGAGAUCACCCUGAGCAGUGGUGUGCUCACAGAUCCGAACGGAUUGGUGCUGCGCUUCCGCAACGACUUGGAGCUGAUUGUGACAGAGGACAAGAAGGUCAUGGCUGUGUGCGAGUACCUCCGAUACCUUGCCACAGAGAAGGGAAUCGGGUCGCUGACCAUUGAAGACCACAAAAUGGAGCAGCGAAUGCAUGAGGCCACUACUGGUGCAGACGCUGUUCCCAUGUGCUUCCGCUACACGAUCACAGCCUUGGAGUCGGGGAGGACACAUUUGUUCAAACCGAACGCAUUCGAGUCAGAGACUGUUCCAACCCAUCGCACUUUUGGAGCCCUCUACAACAACAGUUACCAGAAGGUGGUCCAGAAUAAUUUGGCCUGUGUCUUGUGGGAGGCUCGCGUUUGUUCUUGUCAAAAGCGCGAAAACGUCGUUGUCGCUUUUUUUGCAACCAUAGUCAACCAAAUGCCGGACGACGACCACUCUGAUUGGGAUUGGUCCAAUCACUCUGAUUUUGACACAUCAGCGGCCAGGUCGAGACCAGCUCUUCUCCACCGAUGA